GUGGAACAGGACGAGCGACGAGAAAAGCUCGCCGCAGAAGUAGAGGAGCAGCGACGGAGAAGAGAACUUGCAGACGAGGCCCAGCAGCGGCAGUUACGGAUGCGGGAAGAUGAAAUAAGACGGCAAGAAGAUGAAGAACAGCGAGAACGAGUAAGGAAUGAAAAAGAG